GUCUUCCUCUAACAACUUUUCAUCGCAGAAGACAAAAAAGGACCCUCCCCCACCAAAUUUAACUCCUGCCAAACCAUGGGCGCUACUGUACGAGUACAAGUGUUCGCUGCCAACAAUAGUUCGUACCGGGAUAGGAAGCGCGCUCAUCGUGCUUGCGAUCAAUGCAAGAGGAGAAGGAAGAGAUGUCUACCUCCCUUCGAGAACCAUGAGAGAUGCGCGGGAUGCACGAGAGAUGGAUUAUAUUGUAGCCUAGUUGCGGUAGAGCUAUCGCAAGGCGGCGGUUCUGCCACCGCAGGUGCUCCGGUAAACCCAGCAGAGGUCGAGAGCGAAGGAUUCACGGAUAAACUCGCUGUGUCGUCUGAUCGGGAGGGGCAGUCCCGCUUUAUAGGAGAUCUGAACCCGGAAGCGGCACUACUUUCGGCAACGUCUAAUCUUCCAUCGGGACCCUCCUCGUCGUCGGCCCCAGCCCUGGACAGUAACGAAAUAGGUGUCUGGGUGUCGCAUCCACAAGCCGUUCCCCGCUCACGAAAACGCCGCAAGAGCCCGGAUACUACUCAACCCUCUACGGGCACGGAGCCCACUCUGGCUACGCAUUACAACAACUUCCUUGAAUCUCUCAAUGCCUUCUCGCGGCCCCCACGUCCAAGCGUGGACGCUCUGCUAUUGCUGUAUAUGGAAUCUGUGCACCCGGUCUACCCACUCGUAGACACGUACACGAUAAGCCUCUUCAAAACCCCCGACGCAAUCCCCCCCGUCUUGCUGCUAAGCAUCCUCCUCGUUGCCUCCCGCCACCCAAAAGCCGCCGAGCAUCUAGUCCUCCCACCGACGAAUGCCCUGCUCGCGCCCCGGGAAUUCGCCUCGACCCUGUACACCCGGAUAACGGCGCUGCUGCACACGGGAAACGAGAAGGACCGCAUACGGCUCAUCCGUGUGUAUGGGCUGCUAUCGCUUCACUCGGCUGAUGGCCCCCACGGGAAUGAGGUUGCGAGUAUGAAUUUGUGCACUGCCAUACACCAUGCGCAUUCUGCCGGUUUACAUCUCAAAAGGGAUCGGAACGGUAGCAGUGGCGAGACGGAGCUCUGGUGGUGUCUUUGGGAGCUAGAUAAAUUGCAGGCGGCGAUAAAUGGACGUCCGGUGCUGGUGCGUGGGGAGGACACGUCGAUUGAUUUUCCAACCAGGGAUGAGGGGACCGGUGUUUUCCGCGGGAUGGUUAGGCUAGCGGAGUUAUUAGAAGAGGUUAUCGCAUUGUAUAGACCCAGGAAAGAAAAAGAAGGCGAGGCUUUCCGAUGGGAGGAAGACUUUCCCUCCUUCGAACAGGUCGUGGGGGAGACAAAUUGUGGUGACCAAGGGUUAUUAGGUAUCUCCCGCCCUAUACCCCCCUUACCGUCAUCCGAAACUAAUUGAGAGCGGAAAAGCAACCCUAUCCCUCUUCUACCACGCAAUCUCAAUCCUGUCCCACAGAACGGCAACUUCAAGCCCGCACUCUCCCUCCCACAGCCGCCGUACAACCUCCGCAAAAGCAAUCUAUGAAACCCUCUCAAACCAUUCCCUCAUGCAUCUUCUCCCGCCAACCUCGAUAACACCUUACGCCGCUUCACUAUCCCUCGCAACCUUCUGCGCCCUUGUCCGGGGGGGCGAAAGGGUAUACCUAAAGGCAUACAAAGAUAUGGUAAAGGUUCUGGAAACCCUAUCGAGAUGGUGGUGGUUCGCCGGUGCAAUGGCAGCCCUGGGAAAAGAAGCCGUCGGGCGAAAAGGAAAGGUCGAGUGCGCACUAGCCCUGUCGAGUCUUCGUGAAGGCGGCGAGGCCACCGUCCCAGUGUCCGAGGGACAGCAGACACUCCAACAACAACAGCAAGAGCAAGAACAAGAACAACAUCACCACCAUCAUCAACAGCAAGAACAGGAGCAGCAGGAACACCCAGAGCAAAUACAAGUCUCAGUCUCUAGAGUCGGCAUGCCUAGCACGACCGGUAUGGCCGUUUGUAUGCCACCGAAUACAACCGCUGGAGGGCCCACCAGCGGGGGGGGAUGGGAGAGAGACAUGGAAUGGGGGGGGUACCCGGGCCAAUUCAUGUUAGACGUCUGGGACCCGAGCAACCCGAUCGGCUUUUACGACCCAAUGUUUACCGAUGGUGGGGUUAUGGAGUUUAACAAUGGUGGUGGUGGUGAUGGGGGAGUAAGUCUUGGAGCAGGCUUGGCGGUGGAGUUAAAUAUGGGGUUUGAAAUAGGGUAUGCUAGGGAUGAGUGUUUGGCUUAAGUUUUUUUAUUUUUUAUUUCUCACUUUUUCAUUCUUUUCACCUUUUCCUUGUGUGGACGCCGGGGGAGGGAGGGAUGGGUGGUGGAUUGAGAUGACUGAUUGGUUGAUUGGUGGGAGAUGGGUAGUCUAGGUCAAAUUGAUCGGUGAUGUGAAGUCU